AUGAAAUCGCUACACGUAUGCUGCCUGAUGAGAGUCCUUAUUCUCAUCCCAGCUUUGCUGUCAGUAGUGGCAGCAGAUCGGAUCCUCGUAUUGUUGGAGAGUCUGUCCGCUCGGGAGAAGUAUUCUUUAUUCUUCAUGAGUUUGGAAGAGCGUGGUCACCAGCUUUUUUAUGCUGCGGCUGAUGAUCCAACAGUUUCGAUUCUACAAUAUGGCAUGAAAGCUUAUGAUCAUCUUAUUAUUUUCUCUCCCUCAGUAGAAGAAUUCGGAGGAUCUCUAAACGUCAAUGCGAUCAACAAGUUUUUGGAUGACGACGGAAAUAUCUUAGUAGCUGGCGGACCACACCUUGGUCAAGGUAUCCGUAAAUUGGCGCUGGAAAAUGGCUUCGAGUUUGAUGACACCAAAACUAUGGUCAUCGACCACGUUAACUAUGACACUCAUCUUGACGACGGGUAUCACACGACCAUUGUAGCUACCAAAGAGCAGCUGAUCGAUGCGCAACUCCUUACUGGUGGAUCUGAACUGAAGCCCAUUUUGUAUAAGGGUAUUGGUAUGGUUUCUCACAGCAAAAGCAAUAAACUUCGUCUUGAAGUGUUGCGUGGAACCUAUACGACAUAUUCUUUUGACCCCAAAUCUCCAGUCGAUGAGUACCCGGCAGCGAUAGGCCAACAAGUUGUUCUAGUCGGUGCUGUACAAGCUCGAAAUAAUGCUCGUGUGGUAUUCACAGGGUCGGUGGAUAUGUUUUCUGAUGAAUACUUGAGCGCAGACGUACAUCAUUUCGCUAAAGGAGCAACUGCAAGUCGGUGCGGAAAUUUGGAAUUGGUCGUUGCUCUGUCCAGAUGGGCUUUCGGCGAGAGCGGUAUCCUGCGAGUGGCAAAAGUCGAGCAUCGUCUAGUUGGAAGUAAGAAGAAAAAUCCAAGAGAAUACACUAUCAUGGAUGAAGUGGUGUAUGAAAUUGAAAUCGACGAGUAUCUUGACGGCGAGUGGCAACCAUUCGGUGCGAAGGAUGUCCAGCUCGAGUUUGUUCGGAUCGAUCCCUUUAUCAGAACCACGCUCAAAAAUGAGAAUGGCCGUUUCACUGCUCGCUUCAAGAUACCCGAUGUUUACGGAGUAUACAAGUUCCUUGUGGACUACAACAGAUUAGGUUAUACUCAUUUGCGCGAUGUGAAGCAGGUGUCGGUCCUUCCACUGAAGCACACUCAAUACGAACGGUUCAUCAGAUCGGCUUACCCAUACUACGCAUCAUCAUUGUCUAUGAUGGUUGGAGUUGUCCUGUUCUCGUUUGUUUUCCUCUACUACAAAGAGCCAACAAAAGUGGCUACCACUGCCGCAAAGAAAACAAACUAGACCGUGCCUUUUCUUGUUCUCUAUUUAUUGAUCUUCGAUAACCUCUUUUAUCGAGAUUUAGAUGUAAGUUUUUUUUUUCUUUUGAGAUAAUGUUGUCUGUUGUUUGUUUUGAUAAUGUGAUAAUGGUUAAUGAAUUUCCGGGUUACGUGCUAUGAACUACUGAAUCGGGC